AUGCUCUCUGGCAUCCAUCUGAUCGCAAGGAGUAACUGUGCCUUCGUCAACUACCUCUCUCACCCCCAUCUCAACCAAGCCAUCUCUCUCUGCAAUGGAAAACCACUCAGACCAUUAGAUCCCUACUGCAAGCCACUGCUCUGUCGGAUUCGGAAACCAGAGGAUAACAUCAAGAGCGGCGUCGGCGCACAGAGGAUCGGCGGACUCCAUCGCUCCUGGGUCAAACGCUCCGCCGAUCACCCACCCUCCUCUCAUCACAAUCAAUUCAACAAACAUCGCCAUACCCUCCCUCCCUCUUCAACAACCACCCAGAAUACAAAAAAUCUGCAUAACAAUAACAACAACAGGGAAAACAUCCAUCAUCAACAACAACAACAUAGUAACAGCUUGAACGAACCUUCGACCACUAACCUUCGCACCUCUUCCACUCUCACCGCUGCUUCUAAUCAGAGUCAAUCGACUACCUCAUCCUUCUUAGCUAGUCACUUUCCACGCCGAUACUUUAUCCUAAAAGCAUAUACGGAUGAAGAUCUAAGGAUUUCAGUUGACCGCUCCAUCUGGGUCUCACAAGCGCAUAACGAGCCGAUCCUAGACCAAGCCUAUCGGACCAGCGGGGAGGGAGUCUUCCUGAUCUUCAGUGCGAACCAGAGUGGCUCGUUCUUUGGAUAUGCCCGGAUGGCCGGGCCGAUUGCCGGUGUCCGUGGGCGUCGACAAUCCUUACCGCCAGCGAGUCCGCCGACGGAGGCGUCGAUCAAAGCUGCCGCCGGCCGGACCCGGAGCGCUUCGAUCGGCACCCCCGACCGCGCCCUCGAGGGCCUCUUCGUCGAUCUUCCCCCCAGCGCCUCCCCUCGCGCCCUCUCGCCCGUCCUGCCCGAACUCCCGCUCCGUUGGCCCGGCUCGCCCGUCCGGCGCUCCCUGCCCAUCCUCGGACCGCCUCGGACUCCUCAAUCGGUCCUUCAACCUUCUUCAACCAUCAGUAAUACUACCACUCCAACACUCACCAAGGAUCCUCAUUCAACAAACACUACCCUCCCCUUUACUUCCCCGCUUCUUUCUCAUGAUCAUCAUCAGCUCAUUCCUGAUGCUCAUCCUGCUCAGAUCCUCGUCCAGGAUCGUAAUCAGCAGUCCACCCAUGAUCACCAUGAUAAUGGUGAUGGGGAGGAUGACGACGAGGAUGAUGAGGAUAAACUCAUGUCGGGGAAACCGUUCAAGGUCGAAUGGAUUCGAGUGCAAAAAUUAAGCUUUUAUCGGACCAAGAAUCUCCGAAACCCGUUCAAUGGGAAUAGGGAGGUUAAGGUGUCCCGAGAUGGGACCGAAGUCGAGCCGUCUAUCGGCGCGGCUAUUGUCGCUGAGAUCGAGAACGAGUUCAAUCGUCAUCACCAUCAUCACCAUCACCAGAUCCACCAGGUUCAACAAGACCAACAGAUCCAUCACCAACAAGACCAACAUCAUCACACCCAACCUUCUUCUUCUUCUUCUGGGCUGUCUGCUCUUCAAGAUCAACAUUUCCAGGCUUGA